CGCUGUUUGAUGAAGACGCUGAGCGGUUAAGUACGGUUGUUAAGUUUUCGAAAUACGAAAGAGCGAAAUUUCGUCGGAAAAGUAGCUUGCAGUUAAUGUGAAUCAAUUUGAGGUCCCGUUACUGUAGAAUUUAGCAAUAUUUUGAACGAGCAUUUAAAGAAAUAACAUAAACAUAUUAAAUCUCACGAAGGCAGCAACAGAUUAAUACUAGUGAUUAAUUGUUUUUAAGGCUUGUACAAUCAAGAGUGCAUUUAUCUUCAAUAUUCCACAAUAUAUGGGUCACAUAAAAAUGAACUUGAAAACUGAACGUCAGCGACGAAGUACAAACAGAGCCAUGAGCCCGCGACUAUACAGAAUUGGGUCUCUGUUCUCGCUGUCGCUGCUGCUGCAGCUUGCCAUGCCGACCUCGGCCGCUGUACAUCCCGUUUUUACAUACCAAAAUGCCUCCAUUCAGCAGGGUCAACUGCUGACCUCCAGUACGCUGGUGUGGGAGACGUACGAUUCCAAAGAUCCCAAGCAACUGGAGUUUGCCGUCGAGGGCGGCAAAUACAUUACUGAGGAUGAGCAUUAUCCGAUCUAUGUAUGUCGCGUGACUAUCGAUGGAGUGCCCACAUCUGGUCACACCGAGAAAAUUAAGCAGCGGCAUCAGUGCGUGGCGGCGCAUUACAAGCGUGGCAAGUACGAGAGCUUCGACGUUCUGGUGAACAAGGGCCACCUGGGCAAGGUAGCCUGGAAGCCAUGGCGUAAGUUCAAUGCUGGUGUACCUGUGGGCGCAAUACGCAUUGCUGACGAUUCCUACAUCGCACGCCAUCGGGCCCCAAAUCAUCAACAGCAUGCCGAGCAGCAGCAGCAGAAUCCCGAGCACGAGCACGAGCAGCAUUGGGGCGCCGACUACAAUUUGGGCCACUUGGACAAAGUGGGCAUGGGCAAGAUAAAGGUGGUGGAGAAUGAGCGAGAGAAGUAUUACACCGAGGGUGAGGUGCUGGUUGAAACCGAGCCAUUCCGUUACGAGUUGCGUGACAUAAAGCUGGAUCGUCUGCGCACCGACCUGCGAGAGAACCUCACUGAGCUGACUACCACUAAGCUGGAGAACCUUGGAGAGACUUACAGUACUGUAGAGACGGUAAUAUCUUACCACUUCAACUACAUGCAGUACUGGGGAUCUCACGAGGGCGUCGCUCGUGGUUUGCCCACUAAGGUUUUCGAGAAGGAUGUCGCUACGCCAGCAGAAAUCAAUUGGGGCCUGAAGCACAGCGAGAAACGUUACGAGACCAAGUCCGUGCACACAAAAUUAUGGCCCGGUACGGCGAUUAAUGUGACCCUGCGUGGAAACUAUGUGACCCUGGAGGCACCCUAUACGGCCAAGCUGUUUGCCUUUUACUAUGGCAGCGAUGAGAGCGUUUCGCGUAAGAUCACUUCGGAGGUGCGCAAAAGCUAUCUUAAGGAUGUGAAGCUCGAGUUCAGUCCAGUCUAUUGGAUUGAAAACGGAACUAUUGUGCCAACGACAACAACUACUUCAACCACAUCGACGACAACACAUGCGACUACCACCAGCACCAAUGAGCCGACGCCCAUCAACGAACCGCCAUUGGUCCAUGUAGAGCAUGUGGGUGAUAAGCAUUCGGGUCCCGAUACAUUGGAAAAGACUCUGCAGGAUUCCCCGGCCAGUAAUGAGGUUAACUCAAAUGAUGUGCCCGACAAUUUAGCCAAUCCCCAUAAAGAUGCGGCGCUGGCUGGAUUCGGUGGUGCAGGUGGUGGUGGUGCAACAGCAAUAAGCAGCACAGUCAUGAUGCUAUUCCCGCUCCUCUUUGUGGCUUUCGUGUUGAAUCUGUAGAAGAACACACAUUCCAAAUACAAAUGCGACGAAAGCGAGUUCAGUAAUUAAUGUAGCGUUUAAUUGUUGUUGUUGUUGUACCUGUUGUACCCGUCUUUGAAAAGAUAAAACAUAAAUAAACACACACUCAUACACAUACACACACACACACAUACACAGAGAGAGAGACACGCACACAUACACAGAGAGAAACAAUUAGACACACAAUCAAACACUCACUCACACGUAUAUUGAACGACUUGGAACAAUGCCAGUGUCGCUGCUAAGUCGCAGCACGUGCAGCAUGAAUGAAGCAACAUUUAACAAAGCAGAAGAAAAAGAGGAAGAAGGAGGCAUACAAAGAAAAGUUAAUAUUUUUUAUACCUAUACUCUGGUCGAUGCGGUUGCUUCUUCUUCUACGACUUCAAACAAGCAGCGCAAGCAAAUUAAAACAUUCCUAAAGUAAUUGAAACAAGCUCUUGCAAACAAAGAAAACGAAUCAAAAAUUAUUGAUCUAUAUACAAUAUAAUAUAUAGAUGUAUAUUUAAGCAACGUCUAUUUAUAAAUAAUAUUGUAAACAUUUUCUAUGCCGCUUUACAACAAAAGAAAAAAUGGUUUAUAAUUUCCUCUACUCUUCUCCCACUUUAGUUCUAUAAGCACAUGAUUAAAAUAUGUAGCAAAUAAAUAAUUGAAUUAUAAGUAUGAUGAAAAAAUGAUAUUAAAUAUGAGUACAUUCUAUGAUAUGAUGUAUAUGUCGACGCUGUAAAAUGUAUGUAAAACAUAAGCCUAUGUGUAAGUGUAAGAAAAGCACUCCAAAUAUGUAAAUUAGUAGUUCUCCCCUUCUAUUUUCUCUACUUCGCUCCUAAGUUACUGCGUUUCUUUAUUUUUGUGUUGUACAAUUUAAAAUCGAAAUGAGACAAUUUUAAGUUCGAGUAGGAACUACAUGAAAUAAAGCUUGUAAAUUGAAACUGAA